AUGACAACAACCAUACAUCUAACAUUGAACAACUGUCAUGUGUAUGUGAAUCCACAAUGGAGGAUUUACGAGCCAUGCAAUGAGGCGACUCUUACCCUAGGGAAGAGCUACAAGACACAUUUUAAGUAUCACUCCUUGCAUUUCCUGUUGCCUGAGGCCUUGUGUAUUCUUAAUGAAGCCCAGGGAAAACAGUGUGUAAAAAGCUUCCGUGGAGCCGCUGUAGCUUGCCAAGGAGAAAAAGAUGACAUAAUGCGAUUUGGCCAAUUUGCUUCAUCAACUACUGACGAGGAUGUGGCUAAAACAUUUGCAGAUUGGAAGAAUUGUUUUAAGGUCAAUACCUGCUUUGGUGCUUCCCUGGAAAGUGAAAGCUGAAAAGGAGGUGUUGAUUCCCCCAUAUGAGGUUUUCAAAAUUGCUAAGGUGACCAAGAAUAAAGUAUUGGAAGAGAAGGACAAAAAUAUUAAGAGUGAAUGUGAGAUUGUCUAUGAACUAGAGAGCACAAAAACAACCAAAAGUGACUGGAAUUGCCAUAUUGUCGAAAAUGACAAAAACAAUGAAGAAAAUGUGUAA